AGCGUCUACAUCUCAUGAGGGAGCGAAGCGCAUUAUCACUGAGUUGGACUCUGGACUCGAUAGAUUACCAGCCGCUGGACUACUUCAGGCUGUUCUUUCCUGAAGCUGCCUUUCAGCUACUGUCAGACAAGACAAACAGGUGCGUCUAAUGGUCAGGUGCGUCUUAUGGUGCAAAAAAUACGAAGAAAAAAAUGAGUCAGCUGCAAAAAAUUCGACUGAUCCAAGAUCAAGGCAAGAACUAUUGCAGUAUUAUCUUGAGCUGACAUUUAACCCCAACACUGCUCAGAAGAAUCUCUGGUUGUCAGAAGGCAACAGGAAAAUAAUCCGAAGGGAAGAAACUUGUCCGUACCCCCAGCGUCCGGAACGCUUUGAAUACAUCCCUCAAGUGCUGUGCAAGGAGAGUCUAUAUGGUGGCUGCUUUUACUGGGAGGUUGAGUUAAAAGGAGGAGCUGACAUUGGAGUUACGUAUGAGAAUAUUGGUCGUAAAGGGAGUGAUGGUUGUUGUGGGCUGGGUGAGUCAGAGACAUCCUGGAGUUUUGGAUGGGAUGGUUCCAGCUACAGGGUCUGGCAUAACAGCAAGUCAGAAGAAAUCAAUGCACCACCAAGUCCUCACAUUGGAAUUUACCUGGACUAUAAUAAUGGCAGCUUACAUUUCUAUGGUGUUUCCCCUGGCAGUGAGAGUGAGAUAGUCCUCCUGUACCAGUUCAAAGCUGUAUUCACUGAACCACUCUACCCAUGUUUCUGGGUGGGGGCUAACACCAGCAUUUUUCUGUGCAAACCAUAGCAAAGUCUGGCAAAAGGAUGUAGAAAGAUGCCACUGUAUCUGCCCUCCUUCAUCAGUUCAUGACCUGUUAAGACAGUCAAAUUCAUGCUAUGUAUCAAAAUGACUAUUGUGAAAAAUAUGUAUCUUUACUUUCACAUUUGUUAUUUUAUAUUAUUCUUAAUGGAACUAAAGGGGCCCUGUGACUCAAUGUAAAUGAGGUGCCAUUUAAAACAAAUGAUUGUGUUAGUACUUUUCAAUGGGACUGUCAUAUCUAUAAUAUGUCUCUCUUUAUUUAAUUUUCCCCUAAAAAUGAGAGUUAAAUUUUGCUUUUUAAAUCUGCAUUACAUGGUUCUUUAUUAAUAACUACAUAUUUUGUGUUGUUACUGUUUUCUUUUA